AUGCGUUUCUCAACCAUCGCCGCAACCGCCCUCUGUCUCGGCUACAACGCCAUGGCCCUCUCCCUCCCUGAGCGGGAGGCUCUGCCAUCAUUGAGCGAGGAGACACAGUCUAGCGACGACCUUGCCAAACGCCUCACCAUCGAAGAGCAAAUCGCCAUUCUGGGCGCAGGCUCCAUGGUCGCGCUCAACGUGAACGCGAUUGCGACUUACGUUUCGAACCUCAUGAAGGCGCAAAGCGAGGCCAACACUUGUGGUGUCAUCUCUGGCGCUGUUGACGGCGUAAACUACCAAUACCACGCGGCAACAACCGGAAAAAACUGCGACACAACCGCCGAAGUCAAAACCAUGAAAGACGCCGUGACGCGCGGCCUAGAAUUUAUGACGAACAACAACAUCAACCAGGCGUGUUUUAACAUGCAGCAUGGCGGGACGUGGAGGGGAUUGCUGCAGUUGGCGAGUGGUGAUCGGCAGAUUGUUAAUGGGAAAUGUGAUAGUGUUACUUAUACGUUGACUGUGUAG